AUGCUCGCAACGCCCCCUCUUGAUCCCCUGCCUGCAACGGGUAAGGCGCAGCAGCAACAGGCAGCCGCCACCACCAUCACGCGCCUCUCUUCCGCCCCUCACUCUUUCCCAUUCUUCCCCCCCUUCUCCCACCAUCUCCUCCAUUUCCUUCACCCCAUGCAUGCUGGUCGACAUGGACCCAGCAGCAGCAACAGGCAGCCGCCACCACCAUCAUGCGCCUCUCUUGCGCCCCUCACUCUUUCCCAUUCUUCCCCCCCUUCUCCCGCCAUCUCCUCCCUUUCCUUCACCCCAUGCAUGCUGGUUGACAUGGACACAGCAGCAGCAGCAGCAGCAGCAGCAGCAGCAGCAGCAGCAGCGGCAGCAGAAGCACCAGCAGCAGCUACCACCAACCCCACCCUCCCUCCCUUACCCCCCAUCCACACCUAUGGACGACGCGUAGUGAAGCUCUGCACUGCCGUUCCUAAGGAGGUCGCCGACGCAAUAAGCAAUGCGGCCAUCACGAAAACUAACGCGCGGGACGACAAGGCGCGGGCUGAGAAUAUCGCUGUUGAAUCGGUGACUGGGCGGCAUGUAGUGAAGCGGACGCUUACGGACUUCUAUGGCGACGAUGCUGCUGAGAAGAAGGCCGCGGCUGAUGAGUCUGUUUGCCUUUGCGUCGCCGCUCUCCGCAUCCCGGAGCGCACCGUGGAGCACCCGCUGUUUCGCCACAUGGUGCAGUCCAUAGCCGCCGCUAGAAUCAACUACGUGCCACCCAAGAGGCGCUACGUGGGGGGGGCUGGACUGCAGAGCUGCCGGAAGAUGAUUGAGGGUGCGUUGUCUCCAGUGGAAGACAGCUGGAAGCGACUUGGCGUCACUAUAGCUAGUGACAUGAUGACCGAUGUGGCAGGCCGGGCGCAAGCGAACAUAAUGUUCAUCAACGACUUUGGCGCGGUCUUCCUUGAGAGCGUCGAUUGCGACAUGCAGAAGAAAACGGGGACUUACAUUGCAGGCAUGCUGAAACCGGUGGUGGAGAAGGUUGGGCCAAACAAUGUCGUGGCGUUCUGCACUGACGGUGGGAGCAACUACGCCAAGGCUGGCCGCAAGUUGCUGGAGGAAUGGCCGCACAUCGAGCAUGUGCCGUGCGCCACUCACGUCCUCGAUUUGAUGAUGGAAGACUUCGGGAAGCUCACAUGGGCUAAGACGGUGGUGGAGAGGACGGAUAAGAUGAACACGUUUAUCCGCAACCAUCACAUGACGCGGGCCUUCUUGAGGAACCCGGCAAACCAUGGUGGGAAGGGGCUGCAGGCAUUGAAACCUGCUGGCACUCGUUUCGGGACACAUUACAUUUCCGUGUCCCGCUUGUGUGAGUUGCGCGCAAACCUGACGACGAUGGUCUGUGACGAUGUGUGGGAGGAAUGGGCAGUGGGGAAGGUGAAGGAGAGUGCGGAUGUGUUCAAAGGGUAUGUCCUUGAUCCGGCGUGGUGGACAACCGCCGAAUUCUUUUGCAAAUUGAUGAAGCUGCCCUUUUUGGUGAUGUCACAGACGGACUCCGCGAAGAAGGGGAUGAUGGGCCGUAUUUAUGAUCUUAUGCUGCAGCUGACCGAGGACAUUAACAAGGUCCUGGAAGAGGAUGAAAAGCAGUUGAGCCAAAAGGACAAGAAGGAUAUUGCCCGCAUUGUGAAGGAACGAUGGGAUGGGAGCCUCGCAUGCGCGCUCCACGUGGCUGGUCGGAUUCUAAAUCCGGCCAACCAAACUGAGGGAAUAUUCGGGAAGGAUGCAGAGUGCACUCGGGUCAUGAAGGGCUGGAUGGGGGGCGCGGUUGAGUUCUUGGAUGUUGCUGGGGAGGAGGGGGCGGAUACAAUCAUAGAGGGUCUGAUGGCAUAUGUGGAUGGUGUGGGGAGCUUUGGGAUGCCCCUGGCAAAGGCACAUCGGGCAAAGGUGAAGGAGGGGAAGAUGGACAUGGAGAUGUGGUGGGCUUGGAACGGAACCGAUAACGUGGCUCUCCCGACACUGGCGCGUCGUGUGCUUGCCCAACCCGUUUCCGCAUCCCCUUGCGAGCGGGGCUGGUCCACCUGGGAUUCCGUGCACACGGCGCGGCGCAACAGGCUGGGUUCUGAGAAAUGUCGCGACCUGGUCUAUGUAGCCCACAACUGGAAUGUGGUGCGGAAAUGGAGCAGGGAUUCGGCCGCGGGCAGUGCAAUCGUGUCAGGGAACAUCCCUGAAGCCCCGAUCCCAGAGGGUUACAACCGGACAUGGGCUGCAAGCCACCGGCAGCCGCCACCAUCGCGCGCUUCUCCCGCACGCCCCACGCCCUCGUGGUCUCCCCUUUGCACACCAACACUCCCCUUCCCCUCCCUUACUCCCCCCCCCUUCCCCUCACCAGCCGAUAUGGGCUGCAAGCCAACAGCAGCCGCCACCAUCUCGCGCCUCUCCCGCACGCCCCACUCCCUCGUGGUCUUCCUAGGGGACCUUUCCUAUGCCAACGGCUACCAACCAGAUUGGGACAAGUUUCAGUCCCUCAUCCAGCCGGCGGCGUCCCUCCGACCCUGGAUGACAGUUUUUACACCCAACAUGUCUGUCUCCCUGGGUGGGUGGGUGACCGUGGACGCGAUGCUGGGCGGGCAGGGCAUGCCAUGA